CAGCAGCUGAAUGGCAUCAACAGAGAAGCACUCUAAGAUAAGGAGCGUUUUUCUGGCUGCUGGCACAGUAUCUGUUCCAGGAAAACGAUGAGGACCGACACACGCGGCAUUAGGAACUUCCUCCCCCGUAAAAAGUGGUUCGGGUUCGGCACCAGAGAUCAUCCACAACCCCCGGCUGUCAACAACAACACCUCCAGCCUGACGGAUGGAUCCCCUUUACCCCAACAGGAGGAGCCCCAACCCGUGAUCCUCACAUAUGAGCAGAUGCUCCAGGAAAAACUAUUGUCUGAAGCCGGCCAGCUGCUGAUAGAAAAAGAGGAGCGUCUGUUUAGAGAGUUAAAGGAGUCCGACGCUCUUGCAGAUCAUGAGGAACAAGUAAACCAGCUGAAGGCAGACCGCAAGGCCCUGCAAGACCUCGUACUGCAGACUCUGGGACAAUCUCUUUGUCUGGAAGAGGACAGCUUGGCGGGUCUGACGUCUGCCGUGAAGGCUGUGAUGCAGGAGGAGGACCAGGACUUGCUGUGGAAACAAAGGGAUCAGAUACCUCCGUCUUGGAGGCCCAGUGGAUGGAGGAAGCUGCACGACUCCACGCUUCUCAGCUUGGUGAAACAACGUAUGGAAACCCCUUCAACACCCUCUGCUUGCCAGAUCAAACUGACUACUAUCCAGGCGGACAUCACCAACAUGGGCAGGCAGCUGAAAGAGGAUCUGCUGUCUGUGGUGGGCGGUGUGAAGAGAUGCUACCCACAAGAGAUGGACAUUUGCAAUUUUUACUCCAAGUUAUACCACCAAACCUUGAGCGCCAGUCUAAUGAACGUCGCAGACUUUGGUCUGGUGGACAACGAUCGCACUUUCCUCCUGCGCUGGGUGAACGAGUAUUAUCCAGAAAUCCUUGCAAAGCCACAGCUACACAGCGAGAUCGACAGUGGGCCUUUGGGAAAGCUGCUGCCUGAAAGGUUACUGAAAUCGCUGGAGGAUGAUUACCUGAGCAACCAACAGGGUGAGCUGACUACAAUAAUCCGCCGGGUGCUGGGUGAAGAAAGGGAAAAGUGGAAUAAAGGAGAGGAGCCGGAAACAGAGGACGGCUGCUUCUUUAGUCAUGUGGCAUACGACAUCAUUCAGCUCAUCAACGGUAAGGUGACUUCAUCUACAAAAGUGUUGGGAGAUCCGAAAAAGGCCCAGAGAAUAACAUGCCAUAUAUCAAAAGAUUUAAUGGAGAGUUACAAGAGCUUCCAAAGUGACGUCAUAAAGCAAAACAAGGCAAACAGCAGGUCGUUCAUCAAGGCCAACCUCGACUGUAUCAAACAGUUCAGUGAAGUCCUCAAUAAGGAGAGACACCUGUUCACAGAAGAUGUGAGGAAGAACUGUUUGUGUGUUCUGACUGACAUGAAACAAUCUGCCCACACAUACUUAUUACAACCUUUGCACGAGCGCCUCAAGCCGCAGUACCGCAAACUGGGAACCAGCGACUGGCUGCACCAGAGUGAGUUUAAGGAGCUGCUGGACGGCAUCAACAAAGAGAGUCAAGAUCUUCAGGGUUCAACUGAAUCCUGUCACAAGGAGCUGAUGGGCCAGCUGGAGCAGGAGGUUACAGUAGAAUAUGUGAGGAGGCUCCUGAAAGGAAAAGUAAAACUAAAGGACAAGAUGCAACAGCUGAAGGCCUACCUGACUGUGAAGGACAACGCAGAGAAUUUGCAUCAUUUAUUCGUCCAAAUGGGAUCAGAGGAGGAUUGGUUGAAAGAAAUCCUGUUCAAGAUUGCAGAAGUGCUGAAACUCCAGGAUCUCCCCGCCAUACAGAUGCAAGUUGCCUUACUUGGAAGUGAUUACCCUGACCUCAGUGAAAAACAUGUUUUGGCUCUGCUGAAGCUCAAGACCGACCUCACUAAAGCUGACAGGAAAUCCGCCACAGAUAUUCUGCACACUUUGAGGGAAAUAGGAAGCACCACCCAGCCUCGUUCCUUUUUCUCCCUCGUUCAGGUCAAAUGAGCCAUAAAUCACUCAGUUAUCCUCAUUUCAAAGUCGGCUGAAAGGCGGGUUGUGCAUAUCGUUUACUGUAUCAUGUUUCUGAUUAUAACGAGUCUACACUGCUCUCUCGGUGUGACAAGGCUCGGUCGAAAUGUUACUUAUGCUGAAAAUAAUAAUGUAAAAUGAGUACUGUGUUUGAAUAAGCUACAGUUCACAUUAUUGUUGCUGGUAAAUAUGGUGCUUCAUCAGGCUGUGCUGAACGUUCACAUAAAAAUUGUUUUGCAUUGAUCUUUUGUUUUUGGGUGAGGGGUAAUCAUUCUGUUUAAACCGAAUAUUUCUGCUGUUAAAGAUUAACUACAAAAUGAAUAGUAUUAGACUAUUUUUGGAAUCAUUUCAGUGGUGUUUCCGAUUACUCCAGAGCGACGUCCAAAAGUAAAAAAACCUCACCCACAUCUUUGAAUGUUCAAAACAUUACAUUUGGUACAGAUCUUGUGCUUUUUACUAAUGAGUAACAUGAAUGUAUAUGUUUGGGAAACAAGUACUUGUUCUAAGAAUCAGUGUUAUUUUAUUAUUGAUGUGUAUAUUUUGCUUCCCAUGUGCAAUAAUAUAAUAUUGUAAAAGAGAGUGUUGAAUGCAAGGUAUGUUUUUUAAAUAAAUGUGGUGAAACCUG